UUUGCCUGAGAUCAAGAACGUAAAGUGUUGAACUGCUCAGACUCCGCAGAGCCAUGUUUGUAAACUGCUGAAAACAACACGCAAAUACAAGUCCGACGCUUCUCAAAGCCUCUGCUUAGAAUCCCAAAAACACUACUUUGUACAGCUCCAGGACCCCUCCCCCCUGGAUACAAACCCAGACGAGGCGUGAGACUCACGAAACAAAGCUGACAGAAAGGAAGUGAUUCUAGACUUUCGGGCGUACUAGCAGCUAUGAAGGUGUAUGGGCACUGGGAGGCAAAUGUGUGAGAAGAGAGCGAGCUGCUAUGGUUGAAAAUGACGGUCGAGUGUGCUCGAACGCAAAAUGAUUCUUAAGGACAUGUUCCCCUAGUUGUCGCUUCCUUUUUUAUACACAAAUCAUAAUCACCGUUACUAGACGCAAGCCUGCAAGAUGCCCAACACCGCGUCUUCAGCGCAGAAGUUCAGUCCAGUGUAUAUACUGUUGUGGUCAAAUUUUAGGACAUGGUGGUGGGUUUGUUUACUUUAUGGCUUUUAUUUGCUACAAUCAGGCUGCCACGCAGAAAGUUUGCGGUGGAAUAGUUAUUGGCCAGCCACGUCUGAUUUAACAUUAUAUCUCCACGAAAAUAAACUUCAAGGAGCUCAGGGAAUGAACGGGAGCUGCACCGAAGAGGUAUCCAAGUGCAAGGAUUUAUGUAAAACGGAUAUUAUCUGCACUGAAUUGUCUCACUUUUCAUACAUUCAGAAUCCAUGCCUUAUUUUGCGGAACAUAAGUGAAAGUCUGAGUACAGGCAAACUAUUCUUGGCCUGUGAGAGAAUGAGGCCAACAGCUAAAGAUGAUGUUUUUCCAUUGACUUCAUCAGCACCUCCUACUGCAUGGCAACAUUCAGUUUUUUCUAUGAUUCCUUUCAAGUUCUCCUCAGUUCUUCAUAGAAGAAAAAGGGAAUUGCUGCCAUCUCAUAAAAAUGUAAGAAGCCUGGCUCAGAUUUCAGCAUUUGGCCUAACAUUUCAAAAGUGUGCACAGGUUAGCAUGCAGACGAAUGUUCCAAGUUUGACAUUUAUGCUGAUAAUUAAUAAUACAGGUAUACUAUCAGCAGCAACACUUUCACAGUUGAGCAUAAGGGAUUCGGUGUCUGGUCUUGCACUACAGUCAAGCAGUGGCAUUCUAUUGGAGAGUGGGUUUCAGACGUUUACUAAAGACAUAUUAGCAGCUGGAUCCUCCUAUAUUGUGAAGUAUUCGGCAUCGAUUAAUGUCAACGUUGCCAAUGGCCAGAUCUGGGAACUGCCAGCAUUCCUGACAUUUUCCAAUGCGUCACAGAAUGACAUCAACUUAUUUGGUCCGUUAGAAGCAAACUUCACCAUGUAUAUGAACUCCACUUCAGAGGUUUCUCCAAAUCAUGGAUUACACUUUGUUGGAUUCAUUGUGGCAUUUGUCGUUUCAUUUGUUAUGGCUUGCAUCGCUUUUCUCAUUUCGUAUUGUUUUAAAGAAAAAAACAGAAAGUCACGCAGCAUAAAAAAGAAAAAAAGAAAAAUUGUCAACAAUGAAGUUGAUCCAGAAUAUGCAGUUUAUAACAUUAAUGAAACAUCCAAAGAAGAAGCUGCUUUUGAGGACAAAAUAAUUGAUAUUUUCUUGUAUGAAGACCCUCAGAACAUGUAUGAAGCAUUAGAAAAUUUGGAUAUGUCAAGUUUGCUGCACACAUCUGCUAAACUUGAAAGCUAUCGAGUUCUGAUUUAUAAAGAUCUCAUUGCAAAAUUGCUGAGAAACCUAAAAAUUACAAGUGAAUUUUCACCAGCAGCAGAAAAAAGGCUUAAAAGUGUUUUAAAUGGACAGUUAAUGGGAAUGGAGGGUAAACUGAAAGAGGAACACGUUGCAAGGAUGGCUGCCUUAGCUGCAGAAUUUAAUUUGGAAACUCGAGAAGAAAUGGAAAGAGAGCACAGGAAGGUGGCCAGAGAAAAGGAGAAAGCAGAACAGCUCUUUAAACACAUGAAUCAGCAGAUGGCACUGGAAUGCAACGUUCUGUUAGAUACACUACACAAAUUCGAUCAACGGCAUCUGCAACAUUCUUUGUUGGUUAGGCAUGAAGAGGCAUCUGCAAAAGUCCAGAGGCAGAUUAUGGUGUUCCGUAGAGUGGAGCUUCACAAGAUCUUCUUUGAAGAAGUAGAAGAAAUGACAAAAAUGGGAGAGUUGGAGAAAAAUGUGGCCAAAAAGCUGUUACAUAUUUAUUUAUCCAGACAGGAACAGCUGGAAGAGCUCCUGGAUAUCUUAUUGGCCAACCAGAGGAGCAUUCUUGGGGAGAGACAUGCUCAUAGGCAGUAUCUUGUGCACAGUCUACAAAGUCUAAGGAACCUUGUGUAUGAUGUCUUUACCAAAGCAACAGCACAGGUGGAAAGUGUAUUUGAGGACCUUAAUAAUGAAGGAUUCUUGCCAGAAGACAUGGGAGAGCCUCUCUUUGAGAAAACUACAAAUAACCUUCUGCAGGUCAAACAAAAAUUUGAAGAAGCCUUGAGCCGAGAAAAAAAAACAUUACACUGUAAUCUUAUUAAGAAAAGAAGGAACCAGAUUUGUGAAAAGCUUCAAGAACAAUACCAGAAAAGGCAAGAGCUUUCUGUCAUUCAUAAAACGUCAAGAGAGUGCCAAGACCUGGUUGACUACCUCAACUGCUGGCAAAAGCUUCUUCUGUUACAGUAUGUUGAACUUGGGGAUUUAAUUAAUAAUCUUGAUGAAGAGGCAGCUGCUGACAUCAGAAAGGUUAUCAUGCGGUUGCUUCAGAGUGCCAUAACUGAAAUUAAAGGCAUCCAGCCAAAAAUUUCUCAAGAGCUGUUGUCAUUAGGCUUACCUAGGCAUGCAGUUCAAAACAUAGGAUUGAAGCAUGAACUGAUAACUGGUGCACUACCUGAAGCCCAGGAGAAACUUCACAAAGAAGGAAAAAUUGCAGUUAAAGUUUUACAGAAAACUAGGGAGACAUUGCAAAACCAUCUGGAUGUGGAAGUGAAAGAACAGCAAGACUUAAGAAUGAGAGAAAAAUCUAUUUUCAAAAAUCUCAGUAAGGCACAGCUUACAUUAUCUGAGGAUGAUCUGCUGAAGAUGAAGCUAGAGUUUCAAAACUGUUUCUCCCAGAUGGACAAGUGCUUAGUCCUGCCAAAGGCUCAAGCUAGGUCAAGGCUUCAAACUUACUUGUCGGAAUGGAGGAGAGAAAUGUUGAGAAACAUGGAACAUAGUCAGAGUGAGAUACAUGGUAAACAGUUAAAGAUUAAGAAACAUCCUGCCGAGACUAACCACAGUGAAGAAUAUUUUGAUUUUAAAACACUAAAGAGAAUGACUGAAAAGAAAAUACAUCUAUAUGAGGAAGAAAAACAAGUGAAAGACAAGAUGAUGGAAAAGGUCCUUGUGGAAAUAUUAUAUGAAAGGGCCAACUAUCUCAAGGCUCAAGAAGAAGGCCUUGCAGUACAUAUUACCGCUUUGCAGCUUCAAAAAGCUGAAAAGAGAGUGAGGACGCUAGAGACGUAUGUUGCCAUUCUGAAUGUACAGUCAUUACUGGUAGAAGAACUGAGGAUAUCAGGGUCAAUGACAGGACCCUCAUUGGUAGAGAUGAUCCAUAAACACAUCCAGGGUUUAGAAGAAGCUGACAGACUGGUUCAUCUCAAAGAACUGGCAUGGUGGAAUGCUUUGAAGAAGGAUCAAAGCAUGGCUGCUUCCAGAGAGGAGGAUUUUCCUACUGACUACAAUAGCCAUGAGGAGAGUCAAAUAGCUUCCAUUCUAGAGCAGGCAUUUACAAAGCGUCAACAAAUUAUGGACAUAGAAAAAAGACGACUGAUGAAUGAACACACCAGCAGUCAAACAACUGAAGAUUUCAAAGAGCAACUGGAAUUUAAGAAGUUGCAGGCAUAUUUUGAUCAGGAUCUUGCAUUGAUCGCUGACUUUGUGAAGCAAGCCCAGAUACCAGCAAAUAUUUUGCUUGAAGUAUUACGAUUACUGCUUCCUACUUCACUGGAGAAUGACUUGAUUUCCAUACUUGAUGCCAUAUGUUCCAGGCCAACACAAGCAACACAAUUUAAUGGAAUUGAUAAAGGGAAACUGGAGACCUCUAGGAAACCAAUGCACAUCAAGCUGAAAGAAGAAAUUACUAAAAAGUAUGCAAAGCCUGGCAACUUGGGCAAAGAGAAAGGAAGCAUUUUGAAGAAGAAGCAAGGACUAUUACUGAAACAAGUUUCUUUUCCACACUUGGAGAACCCUUACAAUCUUAAGGAACAUUCUGUCUCUGAAAAUCACAUCACUGCUGUGGAGUCUACAACAGAGACAUUGAACGUUUCAGACACAAAGGAGGUUUUCAUCUUUCGUCCUAAAGUAGAACAAGAAGAGUCUUUGCAAAAAUCUGUCAAGAAGAAGAAGAAAAAGAGGAACUUCUUGAAUUUGAAAAAGGCAGCAGUUGCUAAUAUGGAUAUACCAUGAUAAUUUGUUUCCUCUGUGCAUUGAGGUUUUUUUCACCACUGUAAUUGGUGGCUCGGGUAAAUCAUCAGUACAUUCUUUUUGUUUAUGGUUAUUUGCUAGCAUCAUGAAAGCUAUCAUGGCUAAUUUUUCACAAUGCAAUAAAAAGGAGUAUAGUAAUAAUUUUGACACCCUACAGCAGUUACUUAAUAUUUAUUUUCCUAACUAUAUUGACAUUCAUUAUACACUAUUUCUCAAUUAAUAAUUGUGAAUUUUGGUAAAUUGUAUUUAUUAUUUAUUACUUGUAAUUUGUAAAUGGCAGUUAUUCCAAAAAUACAGUUGGUACAGUUGAUUUUUAUUUAGGUAAUUCUGUUUUCUUUGCAGUAACCAUAUUACAGCAAUAAGGAAUACAUGUCUUCAACCAUUUAAACUAAAUAUCCUUUAAACUAAAUACAUUUUGGGAAAAAAAAUUAUAAUAAUAAAAUAAUGUUAUUGGUAA